AUGCUUGUUAUCCAAAGGGCGGUAAUGAUAGCAGAAUAUGGGGAGAUUGACUAUCCGGCGGACGUCUUGGACGAGAUGAGGGAACGGUUCAUGAUCCACGGGAGCCGGUCGCCCUUCAACUGGGUGCUCCGACUGCGAGCCUACAGGAAAAAGAUCCGGAACACUACCACCAGCCUAGGUUACAUCUACUGGUCGGACGACCAUGAGAAGCUAACGUACAAAAAGCUCGAAAUGACGAUGGCCCACUUUAAGGACUUUAUUCGCGCGGAGGUAGAGCUGGCGCAGUUGUAA